ACCUUGAUCUUCAUCCCCCAAAAAUCUCCCCACUUUAGCAGCUCUCCGUCCCUUGCCAAUCGGGUCCAGACGUCAAUUCAUAUUCCUUUCUCCCUCCACCUUGAAGCACCACAGAGUACAGCUCUGCUUCUUCUUCAGCGCAGAUCAGCGCAGAAUCUCGACCUUCUCACCUCAGCAUUCGCAUCCCAGCAGCCAUAAUGGGUGCCUCCCUCUCUACACUCGGAGGAUGGACCCUCGUCCUCUGUAUCGCCGGCUACUAUGCCUUCAGAUACAUUGAGGAUGGAAGAGCGCGCGAAGCCGCCCGGGCCGCCUCCCACAGGCAAAGACUGGAGGACAGACAGAAUCUCCAGAGUCGCAAGGAGAACAAGGACAAGGCAAAGCGGCAACGCGGAGGCUCAUACACCAAGGACAUUGAAGAUUCGGACAAGGCGACAAAGGCCAAGCCACGAACCUCGAAGCCCUCGGUCCCCACCAACCAGGUUGUCGACUACAGCUCCGACGAUGGCGCUGACAAUCGGGAAUUCGCUCGACAGCUCGCAAGCAUCAAGCAGGGCACCAGCUUCACAGGCCCCAAGAAGGGCGACGAGAAGCGACAGAAAUCGGUGAAGCAGUCGCAGGCCCAAGAGCGGGAGGACAAGGUCUCCGCCCCUUCCUCUACGGCCGGAGCAGAUGCCGAUGAUGAUCAAUCGCCAAUUGCCUCCCCCGAAGCACGCCCAAUUGAUGCCGGUGGUGUCUCCGAUAUGCUUGACCAGCCAUCUAACAACGGCCCUUCGGUCCUCAGGCUGACCGACACGGACAAGACCAAGAAGAAGGAGAAGAACGCCAAGGCUCCCGAGAAGACGGAGACGAAGAAGCAGCGCCAAAACCGCCAGAAGGCCGAGGCUGCAAAGCUGGCCCGCGAGGAAGCCGAACAAGACCGAAAAGUCAAGCUUGAGGCCCAACGGAGACUCGCACGGGUGUCCGAAGGCCGGGCCGCAAAGGACGGCUCCAGCUCCGCUGCCUCCUAUAAUGGGCCGUCUGCAUGGACCAACAAUGGUCAGAACGGGACUUCCAACGGCGGCAACUCCAACGGCGGUUUCAUGCCUGUCCAACCCCUCGAUACCUUCAACACGGCGCAGCCCGCGAAUGCCUCGAAGGCGCCAGCUCCGUCAGCUGGCAAGGCUGAUAGCUGGAUAUCAUCCCUCCCUUCAGAGGAGGACCAGUUGGAACUGCUCCGAGACGAGGAGGAAGCUUGGAACACUGUGAAGGCCAAGAAGGCCUCUAAGACGAAGAGGAAAGAGACUACCGGCGACGACGUGAAAGCCAACGAAGCUAUUUCGAAAGCUGAGCCGGUCGCACCAGUCGCCUCGCAACCUGUUGUCACCAAGGCACAGAGUGCUGGCGUAAAUGGAAGGCCCUCCAAGACCUUCACCCAGCAGUCGUCCUUUGCCGCACUAAGCUCAAACGAUGAGCAAGAGGUGGAAGAGGAAUGGGACGUCUAAGGAUGUUCCUCCAGCUGUCGAGUGGCUGGGCAUGGGCAUGGAUAUGGGAUGGGAGGCCUUUUAUAUUUUAUUUUCGACCCUACUAACCAACCUACCUAGCUAGACAUCCGUUGGGCGUUGGCCCAUUGUUUCCCUUCUUGCGCCCCUCAUCAGACAUACUCGACGGUCCAUCGGACGUUAUCG